CCUUCUAUGCCAUCCCCUACUGCAAGACCAUCGAGACCAAGCGAUUCAUCGCCGUUUUCCAAAAACUGCGACGUCGCAUUCGCCUUGGUGGUCGCAUCGAUACUCUCCUCUCUCUAUCCUAGACCUGCUUUCCUUCGCCGUUUAUUCACCGACGACCACAAGUAGCAGACCUGCUGUCUCCUUCCCUCCUGCCACACCGACGAGUCGUUGGGUUGGGACUGUUGAAGGAGCCUCAUGUUUCCCCGCAGAAACGAAUCAUCAACGUCCUGCCGAGACAGUAAGGCUUAAACUUUCUGCCGUCUCUCUCUUCAUGUUGCUAGGUGGUAGCAAUACACCACGGGCACCCAUCUAGCUAUCCCCUCUGAGGCACACAAACAAAGAAAACCAAAAAAAAAAAACAAAAAAAAAAAAAACCGUUGAUCGAUCGACGCGGCAGAUACGCCUGGGCUCGACCGUUCCAUCGAUUGGGGACGCCUAUCCAAGCAGGGGGGAGGGGCGGCCGCUCUUUGCACCACCCGACUUCUUGGACGGGCCGGCGGGCUCAGACAAGCUCCCUUGAUCCGUGUUGCAAAAGAGUGACGUGAAUGCUCAGGGGAUCCAUAUCCUUCCAGAGAACCCGAACGAGACAGAAAGACCAUCAUUCCGAAGUCCCGGUAGGAACAACCAAAGGAACACGAUCAAUCCGAUAAUGGAUCAGAUCGCAACAGAUCCACGGGAGGAGAGCAAACGGGCGAGGACGAUGGGAAAUGUUCGUCUGAGGCAUCCCGAGACGAACGAGAUCAUCCUCAUUCCAGCACCAUCCACGGAUCCGAAUGACCCCCUGAACUGGCCACAAUGGCACAAGUACUACAUGGCGGGGUUGAUUUGCACCGCCAUGAUGAUGUGCAAUUUUCUGGCAGCCGGCCCCUCGAUAGCGUUGCUGGAGGCAGCUUUGGAGUUCUUCCCCGCGGCGGCCACCGACAACGACGUCCUCACUCUGGCAAUCGCACAGACUGCAUACUUCUUCACGACGACGGCGCUGCUACAGGGCGUGGGCAACUUCUUCUGGGUGCCCAUGGCCAACAAGUUCGGCCGGCGGCCAGUCUACAUCGCGAGCUACUCCAUUUAUUUUGCAUGCACGAUCUGGCUCAUUUUUGACCACACCUACGGCGGCUUCCUGGCUGGUCGAAUCCUGAUGGGAUUCGGAGCCGGGGCGGCGGAGACCAUUGCCCCUAUCUCCAUUGCCGAUGUCUUCUUUCUGCAUGAAAGAGGAACCAUCAUGGCGUUGUACACCGCGUUCCUCUCGGCAGGAGUUGGCUUCGGACUGGUCAUUUCUGGGCUUGUCACGAUCAACCAUGACUGGAGAGUAAUUUACCAGGUUUCUGCCGCCUUGGUCGGAGCUGUGCUUCUUCUCGCCUUCUUCACUUUUCCCGAGACAGCAUACGAGCGAGACGAUGCAAGCGCCUGGAACCGCCUUGGCUCGCUGGGCGGGAGCAAGCCAGGGUCCAUGGGGUCAGAGACAGAGCUCUCCCGCCCCGCGAGGGAUUCGUCGGAACCCGCGAAACAAACAUACCUAACGUCCCUGAAGCUUUUCAACAAGACCCUGACGCAAGAGAGCCUGCUGAAGCUCGCCCUGCGGCCGUUGGGCCUGAUCAUCCUCCCACCUGUUUUGUGGGCGGCGCUAGUGCAGGCUGUGACGGUUGGUUUCCUCGUGGCCGUGACUUCAAACGCGGGGUCCGCAUUCUACACAGCAUAUGGCUUCGAUUCUUGGCAGAUUGGUCUCUGUUUCAUCGCUGGUAUUAUCGGUGCUCUUCUUGGAAUUCCGGCCGGCGGCCACCUGGGCGACAUGGUUGCCGACUGGUUCACCAGGCGAAAUGGAGGUAUUCGGGAUCCGGAGAUGCGACUUCCUGGCAUGAUCAUUAGCCUGGUCACGACGCCGCUGGCAUUGGUGUUGUACGGCGUCGGCAUCGAGAACCAGCUGCAUUGGAUCUGUCCCACUAUCGGCAUUGGUCUUUUGACCUUUUCGAUAUCUCAGGGGACAAAUAUCUGUCUUGUAUACGUGAUUGACGCCUACCGGCCAGUGGCGGGCGAGAUCACGCUGGCCGUCAUGGGCUUCAAGUCAAUCUUUGGCUUCCUGUUGUCCUUCUACACCAACACUUGGGUCGAAGAGGCAGGUUACGAAAACGCUUUCGGCGCCAUGGCGGGUAUCGCAUCCGCUGUGCUGGUCUUGUGGGUGCCACUGUUCGUUUGGGGCAAGACGAUACGACACGAGUCGUGGAAGUGGCGGAUCGUCCGGUAUGUCCAUUGGAACGAAGACAGGGAGGUUGGAGAAUGAGACGAUCCGGCGGUGAACAGGUGAAAAUUUGUUCCUUUUUUUCCAUCAAGCAAGCACACGCAUGACAGGUUAUGGCGUUUCCGGUAAUGGCGGACAUGUAACGGACUGCUUU